GGACCUCCUGCCAGCAGAUGGCAGAAUCACAGAAAGAAAGCAACACCUUCAGCUUGAGGACCGCGGCUUUGAACAGGAGGCACAGCGCUGAUGGGACCAUCGGUUUAGGGUCAGGAUCAGCACCGGGACGAGGCCCCGUUGACUCUGACCGUUUCCACCCAUACCGUCGACAGUUCAUCGAUGGAGCAGUGACAGCUGUGGGAUGCCUCCAACAGUGCUCGUCUUCCUUCAGCUGUCUGCAGGAGGUGUGCAGCUCUGACGCUCUUUCGCACAGGUCAAGCAGCGAGGCAGCAACAUCCUGGGACCAGUACAACGGCAGUGUUCAGAGUUCCUACCCAAAACUAGCAACUCUACCAGCAGAGCCCUCCUGCUUCAUGUCUCAAAGCUAUCCAUCCUACAGCUCAUCGAGCCCUCUACAACGGGUCUCAUCUAGACUGUAUCCUAAUAAUGAUCAGUCCAACAGCUCAAAAUAUUGUCUCCAAAGUCUCUCCAAUCAAUCACACCAGGAGAGCACCACACAGUCCCACUUCCCCAAGCCCAUUUACUCAUACAGCAUCUUGAUCUUCUUGGCUCUGAAGAACAGUAAAACAGGAAGCCUGCCAGUCAGUGAGAUCUACAGCUUCAUGACUGAACACUUUCCCUAUUUCAAGUCAGCUCCUGAUGGAUGGAAGAACUCUGUGCGUCACAACCUCUCCCUGAACAAGUGCUUUGAGAAGGUGGAGAACAAAAAUGGGAACUCGUCCCGUAAAGGCUGUCUUUGGGCUCUUAAUCCAGCCAAGGUGGAGAAAAUGCAGGAGGAGCUGCACAAGUGGCGUCGCAAGGACCCUGUCACUGUUCGCAGGAGCAUGGCGAAGCCAGAAGACCUUGAUCGGCUUCUGGGAGAGAGACCGGACAAGUUCAAGUCUGUGCCACUUUACACCAACCCAGCUUUGUUAUCCAGAGUGGCCCCUAUCUACGGCACCACCUCGUCAUCUUGCACCCUAGCCCAGCUCCGACCACCCUACCUACCCGUUCAGCGUCCACAGUAUGCCCAAGUUCAACCGCAGCAGUCCCGUUUCCUUCCCCCUGCCACUGCUCACCCCAGCAACUCCUUUGCCCUGUACUCACCAUGUGGACAGCUGCCUACAGCUGGCGUCCCAUCAGCCACUGGAAGCUUGCACUCCCCCGUGACUAGUAAGAUGCCACCUGUUUACGGUGCCACCCUACAGGCUGAGUUUAGCUCCAGGAACAUGCAGGACUUGCUGUUGGAGGGAGAUGCCAGUUAUGACAUUGACACGCUCAACCCCAGUCUGACUGACCUGCAGCUGCAAGGUAACUUGUGGGAGGAGUUACAGGAGGACAGCCUGCUGUCUGAUCCACAAUUUACCAUAACAACCCCAUCCACGACCUCUGCCCUGCAGGACCACAGCGUCCAGACCAGUGGCCUUCAGGCCAGUGGCCUUCAGGCCACGCCCCCUGUCGGUCAGACGUCAGAGGUGACUGCUGUCGUUCGACGAAAAGCUGAGUAUGAGGACCAGAAUGCAGACAGAAACUUUGAGCAGCAUGGCUGUUUGAAUGGACUGCAUCCUGUGGCUUAUUCGGGGAUGGAGAGUCUAGCUGGUUAUCUGACCUCCUGUACCAAAUCCAUCUCCUUAAUGUAAAUACCUGACUGUUUGGGCUCGUUCACACUCCCUGACCAUUAAUGUAAUAUAUUAACCUGAAUGGGGAAUAUUGUUGCAAGCAGCGUCAUGCCACAGUAUUUGCAUGGUGGUUAUUUUACCCAUCAAAUCCUCUGUUUACCAUAGUGUGACAAACUGUGGUGGAAACAGUUAUAUCCUUUUUGGCUGUACUACACAUGUCUUUCCCACCAUUUAUUUAUUUG